GUACUGCUGACGAUCAUUCAGUGACUGAAUGUCGUAGUGACAGGUAGUCGAGUAACAACGUCGCUUACUACGGAUUAAAAACUUGAGUCAUCAGUGACCGCUGACUCAGUGUGGCGCGCGUUCAUAGUGAUGUUUGGCAAUAAUACAGUGGAAUUUUAGUCUCCGUGUAAUGCACGCAAUGAGUGAUCCUGCAGCAUUAGCUGGCAUGCUCCCCUUUGAUUCUAUCGGACUGUACGAACAGCCAAAGCCGCGGUUUAUUUUCAAAAUGCCGCGUGUUGUCCCUGAUCAAAAAGCCAAGUUCGAAUCAGACGAUCUCUUCAAAAGACUGAGCCGGGAGAGUGAGGUGAGGUACACCGGUUAUCGGGACCGCCCCCCAGAGGAGCGUCAGAUGCGCUUCAUGAGUGGAUGCCGUGAGGGACAUACGGAGAUCGCAUUUACUGCUACUGGCACCAACUUACAGCUGGUGUUCGACCAUUCUCCUUAUAACAAUCGUGGAUGUGACUUCCAAAAAGAAAACGGAAAGGCACACAUCGUAUCGCGAUUUAUAAUGAACGGCGUCUGCGUGAGAUGGCGCGGUUGGAUUGACCUGGAACGAUUGGACGGAGCUGGCUGUCUGGAGCUAGACGAAGAACGAGCGGCUAUUGAAGACGCGGCACUUCGUGAUCAAAUUGAACGAUAUAAUCAGCGGCUGCGGGAUUUUGAAGACAAGCAGCGAGCGUACCGUGAGCACGGCGAGGAGUUGCGCGCCCAUUCGCACGUGCACGCACAGCGCUGCCACCAGCCGCGCCAACCGCCGCACGCCGCCCAUCCUGCUCAUCCACACCCGCACCCGGUGCACAUUAAGCCACACUCACAAGGCGCACUUAUUUCAUAAAUUUCAAUCAAAUACCCCUUAAAGUAAACAUGCAACACUUGCAUUGAACAUACCUAUUAAUAAUUAAAAUGAUCUCUCCGUUGAGCUCCAAACAUUAUUGAAUACAUGUAUUAUCAUUGAUGUACGAGUAGGAUAUAUACCAGUAUAAACUAUUUUCAAUAAUAGUUUUACUUAAUACUACAAAAAUGUUCAUCGAAAGAAUUUUAUUUCAUUAUUUAAAUGGAAAUGUAUUUAUAAUCAUAUAAAUUGGGUAUUUUGUUCUUUAUUUAGAUGUAUCAUGGUUAUUUUUAGAUUUGUAAAGUGUUCUUGAAAUAAAUGAAGAAACAAUAGUUUAGGUGAGUAGAUCUAUUUUGGCUUAGCUUGAGUAUAAAAAAUCUUCUUUAUGACACCUUUCUAUAGGAACAUGAUAUGCCAUAAUGGCAGAAGAAACCACGUCAUACGCCAAAAAGAUAUCUAUAAAUUUAUUGUAGUAGUUACAUCGAUUGAAUUCUUACGUGAUUUCAUAAUAUAUGUUAUUGUUUACUGGGUAAUGUAGCUAAUAGGUAAAUCAUUUAGGUGCAAUUAAAAGCUACUUAGUAAAAUAGUAAUACGUAAUAAGUUUUGUACAAAUUUCUCUUUUUAUUUCUUAAGUAGGUAUUUGUAAAAUUUCUAUAAAAAAUGUCAUAGGAAAUAAGGUGUAAUGUAUUAAUAAUAUUAUGUUAUAAUAUUUGUACGUUGGAAAUAUUUUUUCGUUUGAAAAUGCCACUUAAUCGUUGAAUCAGAAACUCCGUAAGUUUCUAAUGUAAGUUUCUUUUAAAAAUAUAUUUUGUUUUAAUUGUAGUAAAUGUUAUUUAAUUUUUAGUUUACAUGACAUACAAAUUAUUAUUGAUUGUGAUUGUAACAUAAACAAGCCAGAAAACAUUAAAAUCUUUCUGAUUACUUA